GCUGGGCCGAGAGAGCGGAGAGAGAGCGAGAGAGUCGGCCGGAGAGCGAACGCCCUGCGUGCGCCCUGGUGCAGGAACCGUGCGCCCUUGCGCCCCGGCAAGACCUCUCCGUGCCCGGGGGGCCCCUGCCCGCCACCGGCUGCUGGAGAUCCGCCUGGCACCAUGCUGCCCGCUCGCUGUGCCCGCUGGCUCACGCCCCACUUGCUGCUCAUGUUGGUGCAGCUGCCGCCUGCCCGCUGCCAUCGCACCACGGGCCCCCGGUUUCUUAUAAGCGACCGUGACCCUCAAUGUAACCUCCACUGCUCCAGGACUCAACCCAAACCCGUCUGUGCUUCUGAUGGCCGGUCCUAUGAAUCUAUGUGUGAGUACCAGCGAGCCAAGUGCCGUGAGCCGACCCUGGGUGUGGUUCACCGAGGUCGCUGCAAAGACGCUGGCCAGAGCAAGUGUCGGCUGGAGCGGGCUCAGGCCCUAGAGCAAGCCAAGAAGCCCCAGGAGGCGGUGUUUGUGCCCGAGUGUGGCGAGGAUGGCUCCUUUACCCAGGUGCAGUGUCACACUUAUACAGGGUACUGUUGGUGCGUCACCCCCGAUGGGAAGCCCAUCAGUGGUUCUUCUGUGCAGAACAAAACUCCUGUAUGUUCAGGUUCGGUCACCGACAAGCCCCUGAGCCAGGGGAACUCAGGAAGGAAAGAUGACGGGUCUAAGCCGACACCUACGGUGGAAACUCAGCCGGUAUUCGACGGAGAUGAAAUCACAGCUCCUACUCUAUGGAUUAAACACUUGGUAAUCAAGGACUCCAAACUGAACAGCACCAAUGUGAGAAAUUCAGAGAAAGCCUAUUCGUGUGACCAGGAGCGGCAAAGUGCCCUGGAAGAGGCCCGACAGAACCCCCGGGAGGGCAUUGUCAUUCCCGAGUGUGCCCCUGGAGGGCUCUAUAAGCCAGUGCAGUGCCACCAAUCCACUGGCUACUGCUGGUGUGUGCUAGUGGACACGGGACGCCCGCUGCCUGGGACCUCCACCCGCUACGUGAUGCCCAGUUGUGAGAGCGAUGCGAGGGCCAAGAGUGCUGAGGUGGACGACCCCUUCAAGGACAGGGAGCUGCCAGGUUGUCCGGAAGGGAAGAAGAUGGAAUUUAUUACCAGCCUCUUAGAUGCUCUCACCACCGACAUGGUGCAGGCCAUUAACUCAGCAGCGCCCACUGGAGGUGGGAGGUUUUCAGAGCCAGACCCCAGCCACACCCUGGAGGAGCGUGUGGUGCACUGGUACUUCAGCCAGCUGGACAGCAACAGCAGCAACGACAUAAACAAGCGGGAGAUGAAACCCUUCAAGCGCUACGUGAAGAAGAAAGCUAAGCCCAAGAAAUGCGCCCGGCGCUUCACUGACUACUGCGACCUGAACAAGGACAAGGUCAUCUCGCUGCCUGAACUGAAGGGCUGCCUGGGUGUCAGCAAAGAUGGUGGUAGUCUCGGCAGCUUCCCCCAAGGAAAAAGAGCAGGCACAAACCCACUCAUAGGACGCCUCGUCUAAGGAGCAGAAGAUCCAAGGGCAGGUGGUCAGUGCAGGGGACAGGACAGUUCAUCAGAUGCCGCCCUCCACCAGCAUCGCCCAUGGCCAGCUGCAGCCAGCCACAUCAGCCGAGCCCAGAGGGUUUGCACUUUGAGUCACUCGAGUGGCACCUUUCCUUUCCUGGGUCCCUAUAGCGACACCAUCUCUAAGGCCACGGCAAGGAAAGGAACGGGAAGAAGGACUUUAUUCUCUCUCUUAUUGUAAGGUUUCGGAUCUGCUACUGACAACUUUUAGGUUUGUUUUGUUUUGUUCUUUCUGUUUGUUUUCCGUUGGAGGGGGGAGGGUGUUGUUGGGAACUGAAAAAAAAAAGAGAUUUAUAUGCUGUAUAUAAAUAUAUAUGUAAAGUG